UGCAGCUACAGAUGGAGCCUGUAAUCAGAUUUGUUCUGCUUCAAAUGGAGCUGUUGGAGCUCCUCCUAAUGGAGCUGGCGGUGCUGGAUCAGUAGGUACAGCAGGCGAUCCUGGUUGUCCUGGAUGUCCUGGUGGUAAUGGAGGUGCCGGAGUUGGAACUGGAAAUGGAGGUGCUGGUGGAGUCGGAGGGAUAGGCGGCUCGCAAUCGGCAGUAGGUGCUCCAGGUUUUCCAGGUGGAGCUGGAGGAAAAGGCGGAGCAUCUGGUGGCACUGAUGGCUCUGGAGGUGCAGGAGGUGUCGGUGGAGCUGGAGGUACAGGAACUACAGGAUUGGGUGGAUCUGUUGGUGGUAAUGGAGGUGCAGGAGGUAUUGGAGGCUGUGCUGCUGGAACUGCUCCUGGAAAUACCGGAAUACCAGGUUCUGGAGGAGUUGGUGGAGCUGGUGGUGCAGCCACUGGUGGUAAAAAUGGCGGUAAUGGAGCAGCUGGAGGAAAAGGUGGAAACGCAAUUCUUUCUGGUAAAAAUGGAGGCACUGGAGGAGCUGGAGGAGCCUCAGGUGGCGUCGGUGGAACUUGUGGAAAUGGUGGAAUUGGUGGAAAUGGGUGUAAAGAGUCUAACUGGUGGAUUCGGCGGACUCGGAGGAGCAGCUGGAGGUGCAGGUUGUUCAGUUGGUGGUGCAGGCUCAUCUUCAACAACGUGUAUAUGUUAA